GGCUUAGAGUUGUUUAUUAACAAUUAUUUUACCGGGUAUAUUGACGGAAAACAGUGUACUACUUUCUCUUGUACACUAAGGACCUGGGGAAGAGUUGCCAAUCAGCCAAUUAAAACCGUUGACUGUUUUCGCCGCUCCUGCCAUAGACUCCCAGUCAAGUCCCGUCUCGACAGAUAGAGCUGGCUGGUGGGCGAGGCUGUCUCCGCAUUACUGUGAUUUGACAUUUAUCACAGCAGUGGUUGUGAAAAGAGAUUAGGAAAAGAUGACCAAGUCAACAUUGUGUGUAUUAUUAUUUUCCAAAGGCAAGCAGGUGAGUGAAUCGAAGGAGAUGGACAAGGUGAUGUACCAUGACUGGCGUCUGGUGCCCAAACACAAGGAGGAGCAGUUCAAACUCUACAACCCUGUUCCCGAGCCCCCCAUACGCUAUGUGUCGUACCCGCCCCUGCUCCGUGCCAUGCUCCUCGCCCAGCGGCAGGAAGAUGAACUAGGGGCGGCGGCUGAGGAACCAACCUUACCCCUGAAGAGGGAUGUCCUACUAAGCAAAGAGUACUUCAGAAGUCAGGAGAAAGAGAGGGAGAGGCAGGAGGAGACAGCAGUGUGAGAGAGGGGUCAAGAGGAAAAGAGGUGAAAGGUUACCUACAAGGGACUGUGAUGUCAACAUGGAUAGAUCCUACACCCUUCGUCCAAAAGCAUUGAAAUGUUGCAAGCAUGGAUGAAGGGAGUUUCGACCAUAUCCUUUGCACCAAUCCAUUCCUUUUAAAUCCAUGAGGGGGUGUAAGAGUUCUCAACAGGUUCUCAAGACCUGUUCUCAACUGGCUUACCUGGUUAAAUAAAGGUGAAAUAAAAAAUAAAUAAAUAAAAAGAGUGCACAUCUCAGGAGAAGGGUAGAGAAUUGGACCGCUGCUAUAGCCGUUUCUUUUACAUUCAUAUCAGCCUUCUUUAACAAUUAUUCUGUAUAGAAAGAAUUUGGAUCAUCAGAUGGACAUGAGUGACAGCUUGCUGUAAGGUUUCCACAACUGGCACGUGACUCUUACGCAUAUUGUGAUGUGAUGCUUGUGUGUUUGUAUUGUGAAUAUUACAAUAUAAUACUACAUUG